AUGGACAACAAUAGCAGCCUGGUCUGUGUCUUCUGCGACGGUCGCUUCAAAGUCGCGCAGUACACCAAAUUAGAUGAAUCUCCAGAUGGUCAAGGCAGCGUUGUCUGGAAAUUCUUUCAAGACCGAGCUGACAUCCGACGUCUUAGGAAAGGCCUAGAGUAUAUCCGUAUAUUGAGUCGGGAUCGUCAUCAGCAACGCAAGUCGAUAGACAAGGAUCUCUGUAAGGUGGGCGAUAUCGUUUGGGAUGGCAAUAUCGGUAGUGUGCCAGAUAGGGAAAAUACAACUCAAUCGGAGGGACAUUACCAGGGUGAUAUGUCAACUGAAAGGGACGAGCCUUCUCUCAGGGACGACAUUGGCGCCGGAAUACUUGAGCUUAUUGCCCAGGCCACAAUUGAUAAGCCGGUGAACCUUUUCCGAGACCUAGAUUUUGCUAAUAGUCCUGACUGUAAGUGGGCUUAUGUGAUUAAUCUGGAUACAGAGAUGCUUGAGGUGUUUCAAGGACAGCUGCCCAAGGACUGGCCCGGUACCGAAAGAUUUCAAAAUGUUGGCGGAGAGAAUAAUUCUGUUCCAGUUUUCAUUAAGAGCUUCCAUUUAAUUAAUCUGCCGCGUACAAGAGAGGAAUUUGUGGGGCUUGUGAAUGUGGCCGCUUGGGGGUAG